AUGGCUAUUAAACGAAAAGAUUUUCAAAAGACCUCAUCGACCAUAUUAGAAUUUUUAUUAAAAUUGCCAGAUGAAGAAACGAGUGCACGUUUAAGAGAUACACUACUCCACGCAUUACAUUUUUUACAACAGUAUUAUUUAGUGUUACAAAAACGUGAUAAAGAACAAAAACCGUUACAAUGGACAAUCGAACGUGGUCUAAGUCCAUUAACACCAUUUCGUGAAGCACCGGAUAAAUUUGAAUGGCAAUGGAUAUCAGUUGAUUCAAAUAAAGUUAAACAGACAGUACCAAAACAUUCAUUAAAUAAUUUUCAAAAUUUACCAGCAAUUACGUUAGCUGUUCGAGAGGGCGAUUUACGUUAUGUUAAAGAACUAUUAAAUGAAAAUAUGGAUUUAAUUUCUAAAGUGGACUCGUUCGGUAGAGAUUUAUUGACUUACGCAGUACAAUUUAACCAAAUAAAUAUAUUAAAAUAUUUAUUAGAAAAACAAGCAAACGUUAAUACAUUGGCAAAUGAUGGAUCAACAUGUUUACAUCGAGCAUGUUACGGUGAUGGAACACAUUGUAACAUUGAUAUCGUACGAUUACUAUUAGAAUAUAAUGCUGAUCAUGCAAUUUUAGACGUACACUUACGUUCACCAUUACAUUGGUCGGUAUUAACAGAAAAUAUUGAUUGUUUAAAAUUAUUAAUUGAAUAUAAAGCAAAUAUACAUGUUAAAGAUGUCGAUGGCAUGACUCCAGCUAUGUGGGCAUGUCAUCUUGAUAGAUUUGACCAUUUUCAAGAAUUAUCUCGCCAUGGUGACGAUGCAGAGGAAAGAGAUAAUGAUGGCCGAACAUGGAUUCAUUAUAGCGUAAGAAAAACUGAACCGUUAGAAUGUUUAAAAUCUCUAUUAUCACCCAAAACAAUGUUGUUGAGAGAUACCGAAGGUCGAACUUGUUUGCAUGUUGCAGCUGAACAAGGCUCUGUGUUAGCAUGCCGUCUAAUAUUCGACAUGGGCGAAAAAAAUUCCAAUAAAACGUACAUUCAUGAAGUUGACAAUCAGAAACAAACACCAUUGCAUAUUGCAACUAAGAACGGUCAUGCUCGUGUUCUCAAAGAACUCCUAGAUCAUGGAGGGGAUCCUCAAGUGAGGGAUGUUCAUGGGAUAUCGUCGUUAGAUUAUGCUCUGAAUCGUGGACUUUAUUUUUGCCGUAGUGUAUUCGAAGUUUAUUUACGUGAUAAACGGGGCUUAAUGAAUAACAGCCCACGAGAUAGUCGUCCAUCGACAACGCGUAGCUUUGGUAAUGAAGCCUCACACGAUAUGUUUUCGAACGUUGCUCCAUCACCACCCAUAAAUGGACACGCAAAUUUUAUACGUCGACCAACACGUGCUACAACAGAUUCAGUUUCAUUUUCACAAACAUCUUCGCUCUCACGACCUCCAUUACCAAAUGGAAAAAAAUCAGGCGAUCUUGCAAUGACUUACCCAUCAGUUACAUCAUUCAGUCGCGAUGGACAACAUCAAAAUCACGAUGAUGAAAACGAUCAUCCACUAAUUAAACAACGACGUAUACCGUCUGCAAGAAGUACAGACAGCAGUAUACAGCCACCACCUCCUGUCAAACCCCGUAAAAGUUCUACACCAACCUCAUUGAAUGAUGGUAAGCAUCAACAACAGCAAAAACCAAACUAUCGAAAGUACAAAGAUGACACAGUCCAUUCGGAUGAUGAUGCAGAUAGUUUACAAGGACAAGGAGGAAAUAGCGACGAAUUCUUAUCGGAUUAUGAUGAUGCGAAUGAUAAAAGAGGUAGACGAAAGAUCUUAGUGAAGAAACCACAUCAGAAUGGACGCUCAGAUUAUAUUAAGAAACAACAAACGAAUGACGAACUUCGUUUUCAAAAUGGAAACGAUGAUGGUUUCGAUUCACAAGAUGAAUACGAGCGUCCAACAUCACGUUUAUCUGUUCGUAUUAGUGAUGAAAAACCGAUCACAUCGCCUACAUUUAACGGUGUAAUCAGACGAAAUAAACAGUCGAAUAUAAAUAAUAAUAAUUCAAACAAUCGACAUUCGAUGUAUGAUGAUUACCGCUUUCUAGAUGAACCAGUACCGCAGCAACAAAUUCGAGUAUUGUCCCCUCAACCACUGAAAUCAUCGCCAUCCAAACAACGGAAAGAAUUUCCUACGCCUGUAUCAAAUCGAAUUGGUUCUGGCGGUAAUCAGAGUAACAGCGGUACGUCACAUUUACAACAUAUAGCAUCAGCCACAAAUCGUUUGAAAUCAGGUUCUAAAUCAAGUUCAACAGAGAGUAUUCCCACACUCGAUUUGACGGUUGCUGGACAAAAAGUUUUUCGUACAAAAAAUAACAAUGAACAAUAUCUGGGUAACUCGUUACCAUCGACAAACGCACUCAGACCACCAAGCGGUAGGUUAAAACCAUUAAAUACUCAGUCGAACGAUAAACGUACUAAUUCAAACUAUAAUUUCGACGAUACACCACAUACACUUGAUGAUGUAACGAAUAAUACAUCACCCGCGAAAUAUGUACAUAGUCCGACAAAUUCUGCUCAUUCAUCUUCGACAAAAACUCAUUUAUACAAGAAAAAACUAACACCGUUAAAUGGUGAUAUAAUAAAAAAAUAUUCGAAUACAAAUCGUUUAUCAAAUGAUAGACAACAUCAGCAGUACGUUGAAGCUGAAGAUAUAAAUUCGGACACUGAGGAUAUUAGUGGUCAACAACAAAAAUCAUCCUCGAUUUCAAGUGAAACAGGAUCAAAACGGUCAACUAUACAUGUCUAUCAUUGA